CUCUGCCGAGGGAGCCUGCCUGCUGUCACAUGUGUCUGCGCUCACUUCCUCUGUACUCGGGCUUCACUGGAGACAGACACAACCCUACACUCUCUCACCCCAUCUGGACCUGCAGGAGCCCCUAUGGAAUCUGGCCUCUCAAUCUCUACACCUCUUUUCUGAUUAAGAUCAUCUACAAGGAUCUGAUUCCAAAUACAAAGCCUUCAGAGGGAAACUCAAGGGAGUAGCGAUGGAAAUACUUGGAAUGAAACAAUGAAAGUGGUCUCACAUGCUGUACGAAGUGAAAGAAAAUACUUCCUGGAGGAAAAUGCUGUGUUUGAAAGGCACUCUACGGGGCUCAUCUUAUCUCAAGGUCAGUUCCUGGCUAAGGAACGAGGAGAUCCUUGUGCUCUGUGGGAUGAGAGUUCAACUGUGGGGCAUUAGCUGAUCCUUCAUCAUCUCCCCCUCGUCCUCCUCCCGCUCCCCCUUUCAUCCCAGACACACCAUGUGGAUAUUAUCUUUAGUCCUUUGGAUUCUCAAUGUCACCAAUCUCACUCGUGGUUAUGACUAUGAUGACUAUGACCCGGGUGAGGAGGACACAAAGGCCCCACUGGUUGGCGAAGGUAUUAGUGGUUUGGACACCGUCUCCAAUGUGGACGAGCUGGUGGAGCUGUUGUACCCAGAGUACAGUCUGGUGCAGCACUGCCUACGUAGGAAAGCCUUGCGCACCUCCCCUCCUCUCCAUGCUGAAGACGAUAUCUGGGCCUGGGGCAAGCCCAGGGAGCUGGCACUGGUCAAGUCUGACAGCACCAUUGAAGUCAUUCUGGAGGAGAUCCAGCGUACCAUGUGUACUCCUCGGGAGGUGUGUCUGGAGGUGUCUAAGGAGUACCCGGAGAGCACCAGUCACUUCUACGUGCCUCGCUGUGUGUCUGUGCACCGCUGUGGGGGCUGCUGUCCCCAGGAGGGUCUGUACUGCACCAACACCAGCCACAUCUACAUCAACAAGACGCUGGUGGAGUUGUCUCACCGUGACCGCUCUAUGGUGAUGGUGGCGUUCGUCAACCACACGUCCUGUGAGUGUCUGUCCAAGAGGCCCCUGCACUCCGUCAUCAGGAGGGCCGCUGCAGCUCACCUCACCGUGUGUUCCCCGCCAGAUGUUCCCUGCAGUACAGGACUGGCCUGGGACCCCACCAGCUGCCUGUGUGUUCCCAUGGACACAAGCUCCUUCUCAGAGAGAGAGCUAGAGCCCCUGGAGUCAGCUUUGCUGGAGCUGUGUGGCCCCAACAAAGUCCUGGAUGAGGACAGCUGUGAGUGUGUGUGUCAGAACGGUCUGACGGAGGCCAGCUGUGGGCCAGGCUGGCGUCUAGACCAAGAGUCCUGUGAGUGUCUCUGUGAGGACCAGCCCGGCCCAGGGACCUGCCCACCCAACCAACGCUGGGACCCAGAUCUGUGUGGCUGUGUGUGCCGGGCAGAGUGCCCCCGUAGUCAGCCUCUCAAUCCAGAGACGUGCCUGUGCCAGUGCAGGGAGAGUCCUCACACCUGCCUGCUGCAAGGCAAGAGGUUCAACGCACACAAUUGCAGCUGUUACCGGCUGCCCUGCAGAAAGCCACACAAGAACUGUCCAACUGGCUUCUACUACAGCCACUACGUCUGCCAGUGCAUACCCAACCACAUGAGGUCAGAGGAGUGGAACUGACAAAGCUGGUGUCACUAGCACUGGUGCCAAACUGCAAUGUACUGUAACUGUAUGGUGAAAUAGAGCAGAAAUGAAGGCUGACCUGAACACAACCAUUGUCCACAUGGGCCGGAAUAGAGAAGAAGGUGUGGCAGAGAGGACACUGACCAAAUGGUAUUCUAUACUCAACAAUAAUAUAAACACAACAUGUAAACUGUUGGUCCCAUGUUUCAUGAGCUGAAAUAAAAGAUCCCAGAAAUUUGAUAUUUGCACAAAAAGCUUAUUCCCCCCCCCCCAAAAAAAAAAACCCCACA